AUCAUUUCUAGUCUAUUUUGUUCUUCCAAAAAAAAAAAAAAAAAAACUCGUAAAAAAUAUAACACUAUAAACAAUGGAUCAAACAACAUCUCCGAAAUCUUCAGUACCACCAUCAACAUCGAUAUCGAACGCCACGGUUUCAACCACCACAUCCCCUACUCCUCUUAUUGCCCUAAAGGCUUUCAAAUACCCAGAAAUAUAUACGAGUCCCACAGAUUCGAUCAUGUCCCCAGUUUCCAAGGGUAUACUACUUGCAAGAACCAAGUCUAAGAAAACAUCAUUUCAUGUCACAAACUUUUCUACAAGUCAAGAACAGUCCAAGAUUAGAGAUACCAAGUUUGGAGACACGGGUGCUCUGGAAACUUGAAGAACUUUGAUGGGUUGUUUACACUUUGAUGAACUUUAUUUUAAGAAAUCCAACAAAGUUGAUUAAACUCUUGAUACUUACAACUUAAUUGUGAUUUUUCUUACUUAAUUGAACAUAAAUACUUCCUUUGAUCUAUGUAAUUAAUAAUAAUAUUAAUAAUCACAAUUGGGCAUA